GGGAGGUGAGGUGGUAACAUUGCAGGAGCCACUCACUCACCCACCGCCACCGGCCCACCGCUCAGUGGUCGGCAUUGUUGGAACGUGAGGUUACGCCGGGCAGGAGGAGUUCUUUUGGCUCGAUCUUAUAACAUUCCGUUGCAACACUGUGCUGACAGUACUGGCUUUCAUCUCCACGUACCACCAUAUGCAUUGAGAACAUGAUCAUUAGGAAAAAAAGCAGCAGUAGUACCAUGCCUGGCCACUAUGAUACCUAUGGUUUGACCUCAUCGGGAAACUAUAGGUCCAGCAGUUCCCGGAUGGGCAGAGACAGGGACACCAUGGAUUACAACCAAUAUAGCAGCAGUGCCACCUACUCCAGUGUCUCAAUGUCCUCCUCCAGGUACCGUGAUGGUGGUAUUGGUGCUGGCAGUAGUAGUGGUGGUGGUGGUGGCGGCAGUGGUGGUGGUGGUGGUGGUGGGAGCAGUGGUGGCACCAUGUACAGCAGCAGUGGUGGCGGGGACUACAGCAUGAGCCGAGUUAGUAACAACAUCCUGGGUGGCGGCCAGGGUGAUGGACUGAUGCCAUACCCACCCACCCCAUCCUAUGCCAUAGGGUCACAUGGCAUGCGUGCUGGCAGCAGCCCAGGACUGCCCUCGGGAACGCAGGGUUACGGGUCCUCCUCAUCCCGCUCAGGCUAUGAUGGAUCUUUGGCAUCGCAUUCCACUUAUGACAGCAGCUCCUACUCCCGCUCCAGUUACAGUGGCGCUGGCUCCCGCUCCAGCUACGGCAGCAGCAUGCCUACCCACUCCAACUAUGACAAGAGUUCCAUCUCUCGUUCCAAUUAUGAGGGCACAGCCUCAUCACGCUCCAGCUACGAGGGUGGCGCCUCCAUGCGCUCCAGCUAUGAUGUCGGCACCUCUCGCUCUAGCUACAGUGCCUCCCAGCCUGGAUAUGGCGGCCCCUCUCGCUCCAGCUACGAAGGUGGGCUGUCUCGCUCUAGUUAUGAUUCUGGUGCUGCUCGCUCCAGCUAUGACUCGGGCCACUCGACUCGGCCCAGUUACCAGGACAGUGCUGUCCCACGCUCCAGCUAUGGGAGCAGCAGCAUGUCUCGCUCUAGUUAUGAUGUUCCUGCUGUUCCUCGCUCAAAUUAUGAAGAUAUCCCUGCCUCACGCCCCAUCUUGGGUGGCUCUCGCAGUGCAGUGCCUUCAUAUGGGCCUGAGAGGAGCUAUGGCACCUCUUCCAGCUACCACUCUGAGCCCAAUUACAACAACGGGACAAAUUACAGUGCUGCAUCUAAUGGUUCCAGCUACCGGGAGAGUCUGCAUGAAGGUCCAGGCUUCAGGGUGGACUCUACACAUGGUGGUAUUGGUGGUGGUGGUGGUGGUGGCAGCAGCAGCAGUGUUGGCAUUGGUGGCAGUGGCAAUGUCGGCAGCAGUAACGUAGGCUACAACAGUGGCCCUGGCCUGCUGUCAUGGGAUGAAGGAGCUGGCUCCCAGAUGUUGGGUGGCAGAGGGCAUCACUCUCUUGCCCCGACCCUACGAGUGCCUGGAGCAGGGCUGCUGGAGAGGCCUCCAGAGAGGGAAAGACAGGUUGUAGGAGUCAGUGUGGGUGGUGUGGGCACGGGCAGUGCAGGUGUUAGUGGUGGCAUGCAGAGAGGAGCCACAGAUAUCAUAGGUGCCGUCAACCAGCUCACACAGAUGGAUAACCCAGAAUCAAAGCUGGCACUCAACAUUCUUAAUGCCGUGUUGUCCUCGCCUCAACAGGAGCGGCCACGGGUGUGGGAGGACGAGCCACCUGCCAAGACAAGACGUGUGGACUGGGAUGGGGGUCAUGAUUCUCACCGCGGGGAAGGUGGCUCACCCCUCAUGCAUCCACCACCGCCUGCACGCAAGUUCCCUCAGCCUGACCGUCAGCAUGCGUCGCGGCACCCCUGGGAGGGCCAGCCGCCCCACCAGGCCUGGCCCAGCCGCUCCUCGACCUCGGCAGGACACACCACCAUGCCCAGUAACCAAUACUUUAAGAAAGUCCCCUCUAGGAGUCGGCGGGGCAAGCCCCGGCCAGAUGCCAGGGAUUAUAGAGCCCCAGCCAGGGAGCAGAAGAAGGCCAGGAGUGAGAUGGAGGCAGCGGCCGGAACACCGGGGGGCCACAAGGGAAUUAAGGGUGACAGUGGCCCCUCAGCCGACCCUACACUGAGUGCCUCCAGCGAGAAGGACCGUGCUGUGUCCAAGGAUGAUGCAGACAAGGAUGACAGCUCCACUGAUCCUCGCAUCCCACCAGGAAUGCCUGCAAGACUCUUCAUUCCCAAUGAACUGCUGAUGUGUCACAUGUGUGGCAUCAAGAAGUUCAACAGGGUCGGGACCUACCUGCGUCACCUGGAGAGCCCUGAACAUUAUGAAUCAUCCCAGGCCUACCAUGCUGUGGGGGCGUGUGUCAUGGAGUUGCUGCUCAUUGAGGCCAAGCUGGCAUCACUGCGCUGUGCUGAUCAUCCCUUCCACCCGAUGCUCAAGUGCUGGAGGUGCCAAGUGUAUGCCAACCUCAAGGACCACAACAACAGCCUGGAGCACCUGCUGGUCUCUCACUUCAUGAAGGUACGCUGCUGUGGCCGACACUUCCCCACCAGGGCGGAACUGGAGGAGCAUCGCUUGUCCCUGCAGCACUAUCGUUACGUGCACCGCCACAAGGGGGCUGACACAACACAGGAGCUGGAGGAGGAGGAGGAGGAGAAGGAAAGAAAAGUUGCCACUGCUGUGGAGGUGAUACAGGAAGCUCACCGCAAACACCAGGAGGGAGAGGACCCACCUGUCACCUCUACCACCUUGCCGCCAUAUGAUCCUGAUACUCCUGUGGGCCUGCAUCUCAUCCAGACUCGUUCAUUCUACAAGUGCAGUGUUUGCCCUGAGAACAAGUUAAAGCUAACCAAUGAGAUGUUGAUCAAGACACACUUCCACUCUAUUCUGCACUACAACAACCUGUGUGACCAUAUCCUGCAGCUAGCGGAGGCAAAGAAGAAGCAGAGCCGAGAGAAGUAUUUAGCAAAGACCACACAGAAGGACAAGAACAAAGACGACUCUGCAGAAGGGAAGGAUGAGGGCAAGUCUGGUGAGAAGGAAGGGGAGGAGCAGCUGACACAAACAGAUGAAAAGAAACAAGAUGCUGCUGCUGGAGGUGGUGUGGAGGAAGAGGAAGAGGAAGGAGAAAAGUAUCAGGAGGAAGAAGAAGAAGGAGGAGAGAAGUAUCAGCAGGAAGAAGAGGAGGAAGGUGAUGGGCAAGAAGAGGAUGAAGAAUUGGGAGAGGAGGAGUACCAAGGUGAAGAAGAGCUGGAAGGGGAAUAUGAGGAAGAUGAAGAACAUCAAGAAAUGGAGGUAGAUGAGGAGGAGCAAGACUGGGAGGAAGAGGAGAUGGAAGGAACUGAGAUUGCUGCUGAUGACAAAAACAGAGAAAUCCAAGAUGAUGAUGACAAGGAUGAAGGAGGAGUUGCAGACACUAGCACAGGGGAGACUGAAAAGAAAACCCCAUUAUCAACCAAGGCUCCUGUUGCCAAGACCCUUCCUGUGACUGUGAAUACUGCAGCACAGCCAUCAGCAGACACCAAGACAUCACUUAUAGCCCCAGCUGCCACUAAGUCACAGACACCUGUCACUACAAAGACUACACCCUCACCCCAGACUACUCUCAAAGGACCUGCUUUGACUAAGACUACAUCACAAACAAAACCAGCCCCUAAACCUACACUCCAGACUACUGCAGUCCUUAUGCCAUCACCCCAGACAUCUGCAGUCCCAAAAGCUUCACCCCAGACACCUGCAGCCCCCAAACCUUCACCACAGACACCUGCAGCCCCGAAACCUUCACCACAGACACCUGCAGCCCCCAAACCUUCACCACAGACACCUGCAGGCCCCAAACCUUCACCACAGACACCUGCAGCCCCCAAACCUUCACCACAGACACCUGCAGCCCCUAAACCUUCAUCCCAAAUACCUGCUGCCCAAAAACCUUCAUCCCAGACACCUGCAGCCCCUAAAACUGUACCCCAGACACCUGCAGCUGCAAAACCUUCACCCCAGACACCUGCAGCCCCCAAAACUGCUACCCAGACACCUGCAGCCCCCAAAACUGCUACCCAGACACCUGCAACCCCCAAAACUGCUACCCAGACACCUGCAGCCCCGAAAACUGCUACCCAGACACCUGCCCCAAACCUUCACCCCAGACACCUGCAGCCCCCAAAACUGCACCUCAGACACCUGCAGCCUCCAAAUCUUCACCCCAGACACCUGCAGCCCCAAACCUUCACCCCAGACACCUGCAGCCCCCAAAACUGCACCUCAGACACCUGCAGCCUCCAAACCUUCACCCCAGACACCUGCAGCCCCCAAACCUUCACCCCAGACACCUGCAGCCCCCAAACCUUCACCCCAGACACCUGCAGCCCCCAAAACUGCUACCCAGACACCUGCAACCCCCAAACCUUCACCCCAGACACCUGCAGCCCCCAAAACUGCACCUCAGACACCUGCAACCUCCAAACCUUCACCCCAGACACCUGCAGCCCCUAAAACUGGUCCCCAGACACUUGCAGGCCCCAAAACUGCUCCCCAGACAUCUGCAGCCCCUAAGACUGGUCCCCAGACAUCUGCAGCCCCUAAGACUGGUCCCCAGACACCUGCAGGCCCUAAAACUGGUCCCCAGACACCUGCA